AUGAAGACCCUCUUCAUCUCGUUUGCUCUGUGCGCCUUUGCCGCUGCUGCACCUCGCGAACGACGAGAAGCAGUCUUUGCCGGUCACGGUUAUGGUGGAUAUGGUGGAUAUAGUGGAGGUUACGGAGGUCACGGAGCUUAUGGAGGUUAUGGAGGCGUAGGGUAUGGCGGACACGGACACGGGGUAGCCCUCGCUGGUCCAGUGUUGGGAGCGACGAGCGUCGCUGGUCCACACGUAGGCGCUUCUGCCGUUUCCGGGCCAUCGAUAGGCCCAUCUCGUUUGGCUGGAUCUGUAGCUGGGCCUGUUCACGUUUCGGGCGCCGUUGCUGGUCCAGCUGUCGUGACUGCAUCAGUCGCCGGUCCAGCGCACGUUGAAGGCGGCCCGUACGACGGAGGUGCCUACGGAGGUGGUGAUUACUACGGAGGUGGCGCCGGUGUAGGAGGCUACGGAGGGGGCUACGGAGGAUAUGCUGGUGGUCCUGCUUACGGUUACGCGGGAUACGGCGGUGGUCACGGAGGACACGGAGUAGUCGUAGCCGGACCGGCCAGCCACGGAGCGGUCCUGGCCGGACCUCACGCCGGAAGCGCGGCUGUUUCUGGACCGCACGCCGGUUCGGUCGUGAUUGCCGGACCUUCCGGAAAGAUCACGGCUCACGGAAGCGGUUACGGCGCUGCGGUCCAAGCCGGAUUCGGCGGCCACGGUCACGGUCACUGGUAA